UUUAUAUUUCAGGAACAUAUGCCUCGGCUCGCCUUCUUCUCCCGCGGGAGGAAAUGGGAUCCUGUAUAAAUCCUCAGUUUUGCAAUUUCGCUCCUCUCCUCUGCUUUCCUCUCCUCUCCGCUUUCGCUGCCUUCCCGCCUCACUCUCUCUCGAGCUCACCGCGCGCACAGAGCUUUCCUCUUCUCGGAAAUGGAGGAAGUGGACGAAACAGAAGCCGAGCCUCAGUUCCGUGUUCAGAGUCGGUGCGAUUAUCGGGAUAAACACCUCUUUCUUACGGCAAUGCGGUUUUCCCUUCACACAUUGCGGGUUUAUAUGGCAUGCAUCCUCCAAGGUCACCGCAUUGGAGUUGAGUAUUACGACUCCAGCAUUCGCCAACUUAAUGAGCUGGAAGUUUGGGAAGAUAUGACAUCGGAUUUUCCUAUGAUUGAUCUCGUUAAAUACCAAGCGAAGCCCCUCGUAAUAUAUACAAGCACCAAGAGUGAAGAACCAUUCUUAGCUGCUUCAGAGAGAAGUGAUAGAACCAGUGAGGAGGCUCCUACUGUGAAGCUCGUAAAAAGUUCACUAUUUAGCUAUGAACAAGCAUGGCACAGGAAUGAAAAGACAGAAGAUACCCACUGCAAUUUCUCAUAUUAGAUUGGUAUGCCUUCGAGUAACAGGGAUGGAUGAUGGGUUAAAUAUCAAGGAAAGGAUCAGUUAUGUGAGUCAAAAAUUGAACAUCCCUCUUCCAUUUAAGUAUGAUAGUAUAGCUACGUAGGUUCCAGAUUUAUCUUUUAUUAUUUACACUUCUUGAGCCUGGUGUACUCAUCAGCUGCACCUCCAUUUUACUGGUAUAGUUUUUCCUUGAAACUAGAAUUCUAACUCGCAUCUAUAUAACAGUAUCUUAUGCUGUCAAUAUGCUUUUAAUAUGACAUUGAUGAGUCAGGUCAAUUUUAUGAAUCAAGAAAGGGUAUGAGCUUAUAUGUUGGGAAUCUUUUCAUCAAUUUGUCAUGGAUUUCAUUUUCGGUAUUUGUACCAUUAUGACUUCUGGUUUACUGUACUAUUAAUUCUUUUUUUCUUUCAUGAACAAACUGC